GAAAUUCAAGUCUGGUGAGCCAAAUGACGGGGAUAGUCGAAGAAAAACUGAAGACUGUAUAGAAAAACAGUCUACUGGGUAUUGGAAUGACGCGGAAUGUGACGUCUCUCGGCCGUACGUGUGUAAAGUAGGAGCAUGCAAAGUUACAUAUUGUCUGUCUCUGAAAUUUACUAUUUCACCUCAUAACUGUUGGUGCGAAAUGUGUGAAGAAGAGUACUACUUGGCAUCCUUAAGGCAAUGUAGUGCCUGUACUAAUAUUCCACAUUGUAUUAAAAGACAAUGUACUUCUUCAACUGACCAAAUGUGUUUGUCAUGUGAAGGUGACUACGGCUCUGACAUAGGUCAAGCUUAUUUGAAUAAAGGACCCGUAUGUGAAGAAAAUUGUUCCUGGCGAACAACCAGUACGACUUGUUAUCCAGGCAGCUGCUCGGAUGGUGAAAAUAGUUGCGUUUGUGAAACAGGUUUUACUGAAUAUGACUGUACAACAUUGGAGGCGAGUGAAGCACCAAGUUUCGAUUAUUGUCUUGCUAAACUCCAUGAUGAGUCUGGGGGUACAAUCGAGCUAACUUGUAUAAACGGAAGCGAAAUCUCCUACACCAAUCAACCAAAUUUAACAUUUUUGGAAAAUGAUUGGAGGAGUAGCUACAAACAGCCAACGGUGACGUUUCCACCAUAUAUCACCAACUUUAAACUUGGAAUGAUCAGAGGAAUCACCAUAGCAAUCAUAUAUGAUGAUGCUGGUACAACAUCAAAAGAAGUUGCAAGGAUAGGUUGUAGUGACAGCGCCACCAGAAACUCUCCAAAUCAAGCCUUGUAUCACUGUGCCGAUUCAAGUCGAAUCAACUUAUCAGGAUGGACGAUAGCACACCGAGAUAGAAUUGAUGUGCAAGUUGAGGUUGAAAACGGUGGCUAUGUAACGGUGGAAGAUCCAGACGCGCCGUCACAAUUCAAAAAAUAUUACAACGGAAUCACAUUGACAAGGACAGGAAGUUUUACUUUUGACUUCCUUGAUCCUUUACAUUGCCGAACGACUGGAGGAUGUUCAAUUUCUAUUUUUACCUGUGGAAAUGACGUAACAAAAAAAGGAAACAUUACUGUAAGCUGGUCUACUGGUACGUCUGGAUGGACUGAUCCUGAUUCUGGUAUCAAUAGGUAUAAGUAUGAAAUUAGAAAAAUGUCUGUACAAUCAGAUGGUAAACUGGAGGAAGUAUUGACUGGUGAUCCAGUGGCAAUUGGUGAAACCAAUGGAGGCACUCAGCUGCUACCACAUCCGGGUUUGUAUUCAGUAGUAUUAGAAGUGUUUGAUGUGGCUGGAAACGUGCAGCUUGCUCGGCGAUUUAUUCUUUUCGACGACAUUAAUAAUGUCACCUUCAAAUUAGACACUUCGCUCAAAGUGACGUCUGCUUCCCCGGAUACUGGAUUUGAAUGGUUGACAGAUCUGCAUUCAAACGUGCAAGUGGAUUGGACCAAUCAUUACAUCAAUGAGUUUCAUGACGUCAAUAAACUUCUGAAUGAGAUUGGAGAUUAUCACAGCACUGAACUAGCAUCAGCUUAUGACCAGUGGAAUGGUACUAGAGGGCGAAAUGCCAUACCGAAUAAAUUGGGUGUAGUGAAGUUCGAGGAUACAUAUUCAUUGGACCAUAGUGGAUGUGCGACAUGCAGCCAAGGGAUGUGGAAUGAUAUUGGGUUAUCCACAUCUGAAUCGUAUAACAUUCCACGAAUUGACGGUGAUUCGAUCACAUUUUGGGUACAAGGCACCGACGUCAUGAAUAACACACUAAUUGACUCAGUCAAAGUUCAUGUGGAUUCUAGCGACGCCAUCAUUCAGGACCUGUGGCUUGUAAAAGAUGGCGAAAGAAACAUUGCUGUGCACAGUUCUGCAGAUUUGCUUGAAAUGGAGUUUGAAUUUCAAACAUUUGAUGCACACAGCGGACUCAAGACAAUUCACUGGGAACUGUAUGAUGUUCACGAGGAAACAAAAAUAAGUCUGGGCUCAGAUCACCUCAGUGCAGACCAUGUCAGUGAUGCCCUGUCUUGCCUUCCUCCAGACUGUAUAUGUAUUCCAAAAGGAGACUGUUAUGGAAUCAACUACAGCUUCAAACCAGACAUGAGUAGGAUGAACAUCAGUGACGUCAAACACGACCAAGAAAUUUAUGUCAAGAUAACGGUGACAAACCAGGCAAUGUUGAUUGCAAACCUAACAAGAAAGGUAUCUGUGGACACGUCUCCCCCGCAUGACGGGGCGGUUUACGAUGGUUCACCGGGAGAGAAUGAAAUCGACUUUCAACAGGAGUUACAAGUCGCUGCACAUUGGUCUGGAUUCUUCGACAAGGAAAGUGGAAUAAAGUACUAUAAAUAUGGUUUCAGUGACCGAUGUUUAUCUAUUGACGAUUUUUACAACGUAAAUGUAACAACUUUAAAGACCACAUCAACAUUCUCAACUUGGACUGCGCCUUCAACAGGAAAGUACUACUGCACAGUUAUUGCCUUUAAUAACGCUGUUGACCCAUCUAAUCCCGUUUGCUCUGAUGGUGUGACAAUUGAUAAUUCAUCUCCUACUAUAUAUGACGUAUUUGUUGAGAACUUGUACAUUAGGCCCGGUCUCGUCCGCAAUGUAGAUAAUUCUACGGUUUGGUACAUCAACCAAGACCUGAAAAAAUCGGUUGUCCAAAACCCGUCAGACACAUGCAUUUCUUUGUCAAGGGCACUGGAUGAAGAAAAUUUAUCAUUGAUUCCAGCUGUGUUUUCAAAUGGAACAAUUAACUCAAUCAGUGAUCUAGAGUGUUUGCAAAACAAGCCAUUAUCAACUUAUUCAUAUUUGAGAGAGGAUAGAUAUUUAUCUGCCAUCUGGACUGGAGUAGAUAAUGAAAGCGAGAUAUUUGAUUACAUGGUGGGGUUGUCAAGUACACCGUCAAUUACUGGGCCAGAUUUGGUGCCGUUUAAAUCAACAGGUGGACACCCAAUAUUAAAAACCUACCAUCCUCAUCUUGGUGAAGGUGUAGAGUUCUUCAUUAUAAUCAAGGCAAUCAACCGAGCAAAGAUGUUUACAACAAUCAUGAUUGGUCCAAUUAUUGUUGAUGUGACUCCACCUUCCUUUACGGGUGAUAUAUACGUCAGACUUGACGAGGAAUAUUUGUUAGCAGAAUGGAACGCUGACUGUUUUAUUGACGACGAGGACGACGAACCUCUUACUUACUACGUCGCAGUUGGGCAUUCACCAGGGACAACUGAACUUUUACCAUUCGAGCCAAUCAACGAGACCGCUCCGUGCACAACAAUAUCAAAUACUUCAAAACUGUGUACAGCUAUAUGGCUAUACCGAUUGGAUUGGGAGCUUCACGUCAAUCAUGCUUACUUCGUGUCAAUCAAAGCAAUUAACGUCGCUGGUCUGACUACCAUUGGUGUCUCGGAGCCGUACUAUCAUACUAAUGCUCUUCCAACGCUUGGAGUUGUUUUUGAUGUUUCUGUUAGGCAAUCUAGACCGACACCACCAAAGAAUUAUGUUGACAUUGACUGCCAAAGUGAAAAGGAUGCCAUAGCAGUAUAUUGGUAUGGUUUUCAAAACGUCCAUGAUGAAGUUAGUUACCAGGUUGCUGUAGGAUCAACCCCCGGAAAUAGUGACGUCACUAAAGGCCUGGUCGAUGUUGGUUCUGACGACUUCGUUGAAAUAAGGAAUUUAGAUCUUUCAGACUUUAAAGUGUACUACACGACUGUUAUUGCCUUAUCUUUGGCCGGAAGUGUCAGUGUAAGUUCAGACGGUGUUGCUAUUCUCCCAAAAGAAGCGAUGAUUUACGGGACAACGGUUGCAGAUGGGGAGCCAUGUUCUACUAAUGGAUCAUGCAUUCAUGAUGUGGAUUUCCAAAGCAGUCCGACAAGUUACAGUUCACAUUGGCACAUUGCCAGCAAUAUGACGUCACUUGUAACACACGUAAUAUGGACGAUGGAGAAAGAGAUCGAUGGUAAGAAAUCCAUUUUCUUUUGCUUUUGCUUUUUUGUUGUUGAUGCUCUCGUUAGAUGGUUUCAUUCAUUCAAGCUCUCGUUAGAUGUUUAUUCUCAUGUGAAACUUGAGGAGAAUCAGAACUGGAACAAAGGUGACGUUGAUUACAGUCAGCAAAAGUCAUCUUUACAUGCAGUUUGGCCGACACUUCGUUAUUUUAGCUAUGAGUGGUCUGUAAUUGGCGUAUCACCAUCAGAGUACACACCAAACUUUAAUCCUGUUGGUAUAGACAAGCCUUGUUCCCAUCCUAACAAAAUUACCUGUGGUGAAACAGACAAUGAGUACAUCAACGUAGAAAAGUUAAAUUUAAAGCACGGUUCCAAAUACUUCAUUUGUAUACAUGCCGAUGAGACGACCAAACAUUACGAGGAGUGGACUGACGUUUUACCGGCGUUAUCAUCAUGUAGUGAUGGCGUUGUGAUUGAUCACACACCUCCAUCUCGAGGGGAUGUUUGGCUGGGAUGGCAACGUGGAGAUAUAUAUCAGCAUUCAACGACAGAAUUGAGCAUUAAUUGGGACUCUUUUGUUGACGUGGAAGAACAUGGAACAGCACCACACCAUUCUGGGAUAAAAUCGUAUCAAUACGCUGUUGGCACAUAUCCGGGGGGAAUUGACGUCAUCGACUUUGUAGACGUUGGCAUCACCAAUCAUGUUCUUGUUCAUAAUAUGAAUCUCCAUAAUGGACAAACCUAUUUUGUUACAGUUAAAGCAACUGAUUUUGUUGGGCUAACAUCAUUAUCAACAUCUCAAGGAAUAACUGUUGAUAGCACGCCACCUACGCUUAGUUAUAAUAGUAUUCGAGUUGAUGAUGGUGUUUUUUACUCCACCUCCUCUGUCGAAGCAAGUUGGGAUGGUGUCUUUAUUGAUCACGAAAGUGGUAUUUCAACAUAUGAAUGGAGCAUUGGUUCAAAACCCUACUGGGCAGACAUUUAUCCAAACACCUUCACAUCGUCAGAGGGCGCAAUUACCAACGAAAACUACCCUUUGAAUUUGCAAGAGGGACAUCAUUAUUACAUAACUGUAAAGGCAUACAAUGGAGCUGGGUUAUCUUCAAUGGCAUGUAGUGGAGCCAUAAUUGUUGACACGUCACCACCAUCUGCAGGCUUUGUGUAUGAUGGUCCGUUGAAAUCACCACCUGAAGACCAAGAUAUCCAACAGGAUAUCUCAACUAUAUUCGUUAAUUGGGGUGGAUUUGUCGAUCGUGGAACUCAGAUCAUCAGCUAUAGUUGGAAGAUAGGGCUAUGUCCCGGUUGUGAUGACGUCAUGGAAGAACAGCAUGUCGGUGUAGCAACAGAUGCAAUGGCUGACUAUUUGGAUCUUAUUGCUGGCUUUACGUAUUAUCCUACCGUUACUGCAUGUGAUGCAGUUGAUUUGUGUACUGAAGUAACGUCUGAUGGAGUACUUGUUGACAACUCACCACCAGUGGCUGGUUUUGUCUUUGAUGGUAGCUCUGGGGCUGACAUCAACUUCCAAAAUUCUAGACGUAUUUUAGAGGCUCAUUGGUGGGGGUUCAAUGAUCCUCAUUCUGGGUUGUCUCAUUUUGAAUGGUGGGCAGGCACGGCACCAGGAGGAAGUGACAUCAUGGGAAUACGAAAGCAUCAUCUAUCAGAAACUGUAUUCACAACUCUGAACACCGAUCUACCACUACACACUAGGAUCUACGUAACAGUGAGAGCAUAUAACAAAGCAGGUCAAACGGCAGAGCGAACAUCUGAUGGAUUUGUAAUCGACACAACAGCACCACAAAUCAUCAGGUCAAUUAAGAUGUCAACUAGUGCAGGAGUUGCUGCUCAAGAAACUCAGGUUUUCAAGUCUUUGUUGCAUGUGACAUGGGAAUUUGCGGACACUGAGAGUGGUGUUGAACGACAAUACCUGUCGGUGUUCACCCAUCAUAAUGGCGAUGUCGAUAUACCCCUUACAAAGGUUGGAGGAUCUGAAGUUGAUUAUACAUUUACAGACCUAGCCUUACAGGAUGGCAGUAGAUACCAAGUCAAAGUAGUAGCUUGCAACGCUGCUGAGCUGUGCACUGAAAUGUCAACACAACAAAUACUG